GAUCACAGUGCAAAAUGAAAAAGUGGGCUUUAUGUGGGCCAUAGGCCCAUCAAACAUACCAUCACACGGCCCACCAUAAGUAGGCCGGUGGGAUCCAACUGCCCAGCUGACGAUCACGCCUGCAUAUCUUUAGAUUAACGGUUGUGAUUUCGAAUGAUAAAAUUCCAAACACUGAUGUUCUCCACGUGGAUGCGUCCUGUGUAAUUGAUGCACAGGAUUCGAACCUUUCUCCUCCGUCGCUGGGGAGUCGAGUCGAGAAGUAAAAGAGCGCUCUCUCUCUCGAUCGAGCGGAGAAUCGAUUCCCAACGCCUUGCUGCGUGAUCGGUAAAUUCCUCCGGCUCUAACUGAAUUUUGAAUUGGGAGCUAUCAUUACCUAACUGCUUUAUAACUCAUGUCUGGACCAAAUGAAGAUAAUACUCAGCUGUCAUCUCAUUUUUUCGGGGAUCUCCUGGAUUCGAUAAUUGCUGAUGUCGCAUCUGAGUGUCAUCGGAUAGCAAAGUUGGGUAUUGAUCGUAACUUGGAGGAAGAGGAAGAAGAGUUGAGGCUGUCAGCACAAGCUCGAGCUAGGGUAGCUGAUCCUAGUAACAGUGGUGAAACAAAUAACAAGUAUGUAGUGGAUAUAUUUGGACAAACACACCCUUCUGUAGCCAGUGAAAUAUUUGAAUGCAUGAACUGUGGGAGAUCGAUUGUGGCUGGGAGGUUUGCUCCUCACUUGGAGAAAUGCAUGGGAAAGGGUCGAAAGGCUCGUCUCAAGGUUACUAGGAGUAGCACAGCUGCACAAAACCGGUAUUCACGAAGCAGCCCUGUUUCCACAUAUUCUCCGUAUUCGAAUUCUACCAGCACAAACCGGUUAUCAAAUGGGACAUCUGGUGUUGCAGGUGAGGAAUAUUCAAAUGGCACGUAUGAGGAGCCAUGAAACAAACUUGAUCAAAGGCAGUUAACAUUUAGUUAUAGACUCCAGCGCCGGCAACCUGUGUAAUUUGCCUAUUUCAAAUAAAUUCCUAGCUUUCUCCACAUCAGUGUCAGAAGUUGUUGGGAAUAUUUAACAUUGUUACUGGGUCAUUAAUUUGGGAUUGAGUUAGUUCGUGCUUGUUUGGAAAAUCGCGAGGCAACAUUUUCGAAUCCAGUUGAACUGUGUGUUGCAUCUGUCUUUCACUUUCUUGGUCAUGUGUUAAAACUUUUAUCGAAGGUGAAAAAGGGAAAGGAAGGAAGAAAAAGGGCAGAAAGAAAUGGAGAUAUGAGGGGGGAGGUGAGGUUGCAGGCGGAGUCCGGCCUUCUGGAUUGUUGUUCCUAUUUGAUCAUGUAUCUGAAGGACUGGCAUCAUCAAAGUCGAUGGAAGUCUCAUUUCAACUGAUCUUUUAUGUUCCAGUAAACAACAGAAUAUGGCUGCUGCAUGUAUAACUAUUGCUUAAUGCUUCCUGAUUGUCUUACUUUAAGAUACCUUCCAACAGGAAAUUUUGGAUCAAUUGUGGUCUCAGAUAGUGACUGAGGUUUAAUGUGACCAAAAAAUUUGCUA